AUGCAGCCCGACAUUCGCACGCAUUAUUUAUCUUCCUUUAUGGUUCAGGAAUGGCGAGACUACAAGUUUGUCUGGAACCCUGACGAAUACGGCGGCGUGACGGAGUUGUACGUGCCAUCCGAGCACAUCUGGCUUCCCGACAUCGUCGUCUACAACAAGUUGGGGAAGACUGUCGUAGAAGUAGUGACUACAAAGCGAACCGUCCACCUGGACUUUGUGUACUUGCAAGACGAGUCGGGCAAUCCCCUGGUAGACAUUGGUAUCGACCUCCGGGAGUACUACCCUAGCGUGGAGUGGGACAUCCUGUCAGUGCCAGCCCGGCGGAACGUGAAGAAGUACCCGUGCUGCGCAGAGCCGUACCCUGAUAUUUACUUCAACAUCACUUUGCGAAGAAAGACGCUUUUCUACACUGUCAACCUGAUUAUCCCGAGUGUGGGAUUGAGUUAUUUGAGUAUCCUAGUAUUUUACUUACCGGCGGAUUCCGGUGAGAAAGUCGUGCUGGUGAUUUCCGUGCUCCUGUCACAAACGAUGUUCUUCCUGCUCAUAAGUGAAAUCAUCCCGCCGACGUCGUUGUCAGUUCCGUUACUGGGACGAUACUUGCUUUUUACUAUGUUCAUGGUGGGGGCGUCUGUGCUGCUCACGAUUCUGGUGCUCAAUAUUCACUACCGCAAGCCGUCGACGCACCGAAUGGCUCCGUGGGUUCGCCAGUUUUUCAUCCACAUGUUCCCCAAGGCCAUGUGCAUGAACACGCCGGACGAGCUGAAGGAAGGGUCGCCUCGGAAAAAGAAGAAAAAGAAGAGCAAGACGGGCAUGGGUGCGGACAAGAUGCACCAGCACAACCACGACAGCAGACUCAACAACGGGCGCCGGCGGGCGCAGCACCAGCACGCCGACGACCUCAUGAUGAUGCACGACAUUCCGCCGCCGCCGCCGCCACCGGGCUCGCGACCGCCCCUCCACGCCGCCACCAUCGACGAUCCGCUCGACGUCUUCACUUCCCUGGACUAUCAGGACCUCCAUCGGUAUCCGCCGCAAAUCGAGCGAGCCGUGACGAACGUUCGCUUUAUCCAGCACCACCUCCAGACCGAGGACCGGCUCAAUUCGGAAAACUUGUCAAGACUACUUCGGUACUCCGGGUAUCGGGUUAUUCACGUCCGUUUCUUUGUGUGUGACUUUCAGGAGGAUGAAGACUGGGCCUUCGUUGCGAUGGUUCUGGAUCGAUUCUUCCUCUACACCUUCCUCCUGGUGUCCGGGAUCGGGACUUUUGGGAUCCUUCUGGAUGCCCCCUCCCUAUACGAUUACACGCCGCCGAUCGACGUGGAAAUUUCGCAUGUGGCGCAAACACUGCGUUCCAACGAGCUUGACUUCUGA